AUGACGGUCAGGGACAUGAAGACGCACAUCAUCGCGAGGAAGUACACCAACGACAUCGAGGAGUCGUACGCGGCCGAGUUCGAGAUCGGGGGUAGGGCCACCAACAGCGUCGUGAAGGCUAUCGUGUGCAUAUGCAUGGGCAUCGUCGGCACCAUCUCCUCGAUGAGGGGUAUGGUCGAUCCCGAGUACAAGAGCGAUAUCAGGGCCGCCGACCACGUCGUGAUGGACGUCCCGAACAUGAACGUGUACAAGGGCCAGUCCAUGGCCAAGGCCGACGGCGUGAAGGUGUACAUCCUCUGCUAUAUAUUCGGGUAUAUGGUGUGCUCCACCGACCCGGAGAUAACGGUAUUGUCGUCCAUGGUCACGAUCGACCGCGCGGUCAUGUUCGAGUUGACCAAAAGGCCCGACGUCGUGGUGGCGGAGAUGAUCAUGGACGGCUCCAUAGUGUACAUCGACACCUUAGGCAUGAACGGCAGCGCGAAGCUGUCCAUGGACGUCAGGAGGCUGUACAUGAUCUACAGGAGGGUCUAG